CCUCCGCACCUCUGACAGCCGCCUCGACAACCUCACUGAUUCUACACAACUAAACGCAAAAAAAAUACAUACAUCCUGUAUCUAUAAAUGCGAUUGUAUAGGGCGCAAUAGGAAUAACUAACUCAUGUACAUAGUGCGUCCGGACACAGAAAACGCGUGUGUAAGAUCAAAAUAAAAAAACAUUGUUGUGUCAUGUGAAUCUGUGUUGAUCCAGAGGCUAUAUUCGGCGGCUGUCUAUAAGGUGUCAUGCAGAAAGGAGUAUUUCAAUAUGAUAAUUAAUACUGAAGACGUGGUUACAGUAUAAUAAAGAACAAUGACGUCAAACAAGAAGUAACAUUACGAAACUCUUAACGGAAAACAGACGAUUCGGUCUUAACGAUGAAAAAUAUGGGAAAUUCGAAGAUGAAAAACAGAGCACAUUAAAUGGAGAACACAUGGAGUCGCGUGUGCAGAUGAGUCACUCUCUGCCGAGCAAGCGACAGGAAACUUAUAGAAGCUGUUCGCAGUCAUUGCCCCUUGAUAUUCUAUGGUUGCCGCGGUCGUCAUUUCGGCCCGCGGAGGGCGAGCUGGCAGACUGCGUGCUGGUGGUCGGGGUGUCGCGGCCCAAGCUUGCCGCGGCCCUCCUCUCAGUUACGCUUCUCUCUCUAUUCCUCACAUUCCACGUCCUCUACGAUAGCGCUCUUUACAGCAUACAGGCGGCGAGCAUGGCGUCAGCUGCCAGCGAGGGCCGCAAGAUAUUACAGAGUCAAGAAAGCGGUCGUUCAAUAAGCCACCCAAUGGCUUUAAGAAAAAGGUUGAAAGCGCCUCGCGCUCCGAGGCCUGCCCGCCGACUCCCCCAGGCCUUAAUAGUAGGAGUACGUAAGUGUGGGACGCGUGCUCUUUUAGAGAUGCUGUACCUUCACCCAAUGGUCCAGAAAGCGUCAGGAGAGGUUCACUUUUUUGACCGUGACGAAAAUUAUGCCCUUGGCCUGGAAUGGUAUCGAAGCAAAAUGCCGCUUUCGUUUAAAGGCCAAAUAACAAUAGAAAAAAGCCCCAGCUACUUCGUUACCCCCGAGGUGCCAGAGAGAGUUCGCGCAAUGAAUUCCUCAGUAAGACUUCUCCUCAUAGUCCGAGAGCCAGUAACUCGUGCAAUUUCCGACUACACUCAACUGCGUAGUCGAGCCACGCCGUCUGCGCCUGCAGUAUCCCUGGUGGGGCAUCCUUUGCCUGAUGCUGCAAAACCAUUUGAACAUCUUGCGCUGGCGCCGGAUGGCUCCAUUAAUAUCGCGUACAGGCCGAUAGCAAUAUCGUUGUACCAUGCCUAUUUUCACCGGUGGUUGGAAGUGUUCCCUCGGGAACAGAUUCUGGUGGUCAACGGAGACCAAUUAAUAGAGGAUCCGGUACCGCAGUUGCGACGAAUCGAGAAAUUCCUAGGACUUGAACAUAAAAUUGGAAGAAAAAACUUCUACUUCAACGAAACUAAAGGAUUCUACUGCUUGCGUAACGACACCACGGACAAGUGCUUGCGAGAAACAAAAGGACGCAAGCACCCUCGGGUAGAUCCCGCAGUCGUCACGAAAUUACGAAAGUUUUUUGUGCAGCACAACCAGCGGUUUUACGAUUUAAUCGGAGAAGACCUCGGAUGGCCCGAGGAUUGACUUAAGAGAUACCGACUAAUCAACAGAUUGAUCCAUCGAUUAAUCUGUUGAAAAUUAAAUCUUGUGAUCAAAUACAUAU